AUGGAAACUGCAGACAGUUCAUCAGCAGAAGUGCCCAGAAUGGCCGUGCGGCUCCCGCCGUUCUGGCCCGAGAGACCAGCCGUGUGGUUCGCCCAGGCCGAGGCGCAGUUCACCUUGGCCGGCAUUAACAGCAAGCGGAUCAAUUUCUGCCACGUCAUCUCACAGCUGGACCACCGAUACGCCACAGAGGUGAAGGAUAUCAUCACCUCUCCACCCGAACGAGGCCCCUACACCCUACUGAGGACCGAGCUUGUGAGGCGGCUAUCCUCAUCGCCAGAGCAGCCAAUCCGGCAACUCCUCACGGUCGAGGAAAUUGGCGACCAUAAGCCGUCCCUGUUCCUGACGUACCUCAAAAUUCUCGCAGCAUACGUGUCUGAUAACGUCGUCCGAAGCGUCUGGACCAGCCGGCUAACCCGCAACGUGCAGAGCUUCCUCGCCGGCCAGAACGAGAGCAACUUGGAGGCCGCAGCCCUCUGUGCGGACCGCAUCUCCGAAGUCGAAGUCCAGCCAGCAUUCGCUAGCGUUGAUGAACCCAGACAGCGGCGCACUUCGGCAGGAGACCGCUGA